AUAAAUACGGCCGACCUCAAGAUUUGGUUCGUAUUGAUCCCGAAUUUUCUGGACUGACUGGUUUGUAUUUUUUCGGGUGGAUCAUGCGACUCAAAAAUUCGGUGUUCCACUUGUCACUGUCCUCAUGCGUCCUGUUCGCUGUUGCAGGAGCAGCAGCCGUCAGUGAAUGUGGACCGGAAGACAGUAAGUGUGGCGAUGGUUCCUGUUUACCAAAAAAAUCACUUUGCAACGGUGUCAAAGAUUGUCCCCGCGGUGAAGACGAGAGAUACUGUAACGGUAACGGUGGUUACACAGAGACAUCAACAAGGGAAUACUGUGAUAGCACUGAGUAUAGGUGUUCUGACGGAAGUUGCAUUCCUUUGAGCUGGGUGUGCGAUGGGUACCGAGAUUGUUACUACGGCGAUGAUGAGGAACACUGCUACUACACUACCGAAACCACAAGAGACCCCUAUACCUGGCCCACAACAGAGGAGUGGUCCACAAGAGACCCCUAUCCUUGGCCCACAACUGGCUAUCCCUGGACCACAAGAGACCCCUAUCCCGGUACCACUCCAGAGCCUCUUCCCAAGUGCGAGAACCCAUUCCAAAUCAUUGGAAACAAUUGCGUCAUGAUAGAGCCCCUGGUGGAGGGUACCUGGUAUGAAUCACGCUACUUCUGCCAGCAACUGGGCGGUGACCUCGUUGUUUUGGACUCGCUCGAGUCUUAUGGUGAACUUGUCAGGUUCAUUAAUGAGGCUAAGCUCACCACACGAGACUACUGGGUCGGGGCUAGCGACGAGGGUCACGAAGGUGAAUGGCUCUGGGUCAAUUGGGUCAAGGUCAUGAAUGGGACACCCCUUUGGGCUCUCUAUGGCUCUGGCUCUAGUUAUGUGCAGGAACCAAGGUCGAGUUACGGUUCAGCCCAAGAUUGUGGUUACCUGGAUAUGACCCGCUUUUACUACAUGGACGACGAAGAUUGCACCAAAAAGAAAGCAGUUAUCUGUGAGAUAGAACACUAUCAAAGAGGUGAACACUAUGAAGAGGAUGAAACGUACAGUGAAAAAUUAGUAGAUUUCUUGAUGUCUUCAGAGGAUGAGCAGGAAUCAGGCGAGAAGGACCGGGGUUCUAAAGACUCCGAAGAGAGCAGGAUGAAUGUUGGUGAGACGGCUCAUCAUGCGAAGGCCAAGGAUACCAAAAGUCACCACAGUGGUCAUGAAGAACCUGCUGUGGAAGAACCUGCCAUGGAAGUGGAUGGCGUCAAGGGAGAACACGAGGAUAGAACUAGUGAGAAGAAACAGAGCCCCAAGACCCUAGAGAAGUUUCAAGAAAAACUCAAGUCAAAGGCCUCCCAAAGUAAUGUUGGAAAUACGAAUAAAAGAAGUAAGAAACAAAAGGACGCCGAGGCCCUACACACUGAAAACAUAGAAAAGAUUAUAGAAAAACUUAAGGCAAAAGUCUACCAAGGGAGAUUUGGGAAUAUGAACUUGGUACGACCUUAGUGUUUUAAAAAGUACUUUUUCCUGAGUUGAUUACUAUGACAACUUCCUUUUUUGUAUGUGGCGACAGUCAAUAUGCAGAAGUAUAUGUGAACAGUUUUUGAAGAGUUUUAUAAUUCUCCAUGCUUCGUCCCUUCAGCUAAAAUAAACUUAAUAGGAAACACAAA